AGGAUUCACACCGAGUGCGGAAUCUGCCAAAGCGUCGAGUGUGUUUGUAUCCGGAGUAUACAUAUCAUUCUAAGAAUUAUAUUGAUAUCACUCGUAAGUGUAAAUUGCUGUUUAUUUUCCGAUUUAUUUGAAUUCUUGGUUUUACACACGCAAGAAUCAAUCCUUGGAGCAACCGAGAUAUAAAAUCAACCCGAAUAUUUUAAAUAUGGUUUCGUGUGUCUAGUAGUGCAAUAAUCAGAAUAAUUAUUAUGAAUGUGAUUACUUUAAUUGGGAUAUUGUGUUUGAUUGAAUUAUGCACUGGUACCAUAUCACCAUCUACAGGAAAGAUAAAGAAAGAUAAAGGGAAAACUAACAGUAAGAUACACAAAGGUCCUGUGGAUCAAGAUGUUUUCCAGAGGCAUUUGGUAGUGGAGAAUCCCAAACAACAGGAUAUACUUCAUGAAUCUGCACAAUACUUUCGAGAUACAAAGAAUAGAAGAUUCAAAGCAGAUGUUCUGGGAUAUGUUACACCUUGGAAUGGAUAUGGAUUUGAAAUUUCUAAAAUAUUUCAUGGUAAAUUCACCAUGAUAUCACCGGUAUGGUUGACAGUUCCUUUUGGAAAUACAUCAACCUAUCAAUUGUCUACUGAUGCUGUACAAACCAAAUGGAUCAAAGAAAUGAGAUCCAAUAAUAAUGCUAAUCAUAAUGUGAAACUUGUACCCAGAAUAUUAUUUGAACAUUGGACUGUUGAUGAUAUUACUCAAUUAUACAGUAAUACAGAGAGUCAAAUUCAGUUAAUAGUAACUCUCUUAGAUGCUGCUCAGACUUUCCACUUCAAUGGAUAUGUUUUAGAGAUAUGGAAUCAGUUUAUAUUUGCAGGUGCAAACCUGCCAGUUGUUACUUCAAUAGUCAAAUCUAUUGCACAUAAGCUGAAAAAAAAUAAUGUAGAUAUUAUAUUAGCUAUACCACCAUCUAGAGGUUUGCAGGUUGAAUUAUUUUCAAAACAACAAUUUGAUGAACUAGCACCAUAUGUAAAAGCUUUUUCACUUAUGACUUACGAUUAUUCGACUAUUCAAAGGCCAGGGCCAAAUGGCCCCAUUGACUGGGUUAGACAAUGUGUAGAGCUAUUGGUUCCAAAGAAAGAUGACCCUAAACGGUCUAAAAUUUUAUUGGGUAUUAAUUUCUAUGGUUACAAUUAUACGCCAGAUGGUGGCAGGGCGAUUGUUGCAUCUGAAUAUUUGGAAAUUCUCAAAUCAUUCAAAGGAAAAAUUCAAUGGGAUGAUAAGAGCAAAGAACAUUUCUUUGAGUCAAAGUUAGCCGUGGGUAAUGGCUAUGUCUUUUACCCUACUUUAUACUCGAUUAAACAUCGAUUAGAUCUUGCAAAUGAAUUAGGUACAGGAAUAUCUAUUUGGGAACUAGGUCAAGGAUUAAACUAUUUUUAUGACUUAUUAUAAAUUAGAUAUUUGUGUAUUUUAUAUUGUUUUGCAAUUUGCAUAAAUAGGUUUUUUUUAAACCUAUAUGUAUAAAUAUAUGUAUAUAUAAGAGAAA